GCCCCUGGCAUUUAAACGUCGUUUUCCGCAAUCGUUCCUCUUUAUUUCCACACUGACACAUUUGAUCGUCAAGAUUUAAACUCUUCAUCUGAUUCUCUCAGUUGUGAUUUACUCAUUUAAUCCGGAGGAAUUUCAUCUUCUGAGUUUGUAUUUACAGUAACAGAGUCAGAAUGAUGAACUGCUGUGGUCUCGUGACUGGACAAAAACUGCCAGUUCCACUGAAGAGCAUCUCAGUGGAGGUGCAGGUCAAGGGUCAUGUAGCCACAGUCACCUCCACUCUGCAGUAUGUGAAUGAGGAAGAGCGCCCCCUGGAGGCCUUGUUUGUGUUCCCUCUGCCUGCUGAUGCUGCUGUCUGUCACUUCAGUGCCAAGAUCGGAGAGCACGAGAUUGUGGCAGAGCUGAAAGAGAAACAGACCGCGAGAGAUCAGUAUGAUGAUGCUGUGAGUUCAGGUCAGCAGGCGUUUCUGUUGGAAGAGAGUGAAGAAAGUUCUGAUGUGUUCAAACUGAGUGUUGGGUGUCUGUCACCGGGUCAGAACGCCGCCAUCAGCAUCACAUACAUCACUGAACUCUCUGUGCAGGCCGACCACGCGCUGCGCUUCUGUCUGCCUGCUGUCCUCAACCCCAGAUACACACCAGCAGGUUCAGCUGCUGGAAUAGUUUCAGAGAUUUCAUCAGUAUGUGACUCUGUCCCCUACACUCUGACUCUUAGUGUUCAUGUGAGCUCUCCAAAGCCCAUCUCCAAACUAGAGUCCAACUGCACUCUGGAUCCUCUAGUGUUCCUCGACUCGCAUCACACUCACGCUACGGUGAAUCUGAGUUCUGGGCACAAGUUUGAUAAAGAUGUUGAGUUGUUUGUGUACUAUGAGAAUACCCAUCAGCCCACUGCUAUAGUGGAGGCAGGAGUGACCGCUGCUCAACCAGGUUCUCUGAUGAGUGACCCAGUGGUGAUGAUCAGUUUGUACCCAGAAUUCCCAGAGGAAGUGAUGUCAUCAUUAACAACUCAAGGGGAGUUUGUUUUUGUGAUUGACAGAUCGGGCAGUAUGGACUGCGUGAUGCAUCAUGGUGAAGGAGCACAGAUGCGUAUAGAAAGUGCAAAGGAAACUCUGCUGUUACUGUUGAAGAGUCUGCCCAUGGGCUGUUACUUCAAUAUCUAUGGAUUUGGCUCUCGUUAUGAGUCCUUCUUCCCUCAGAGUGUUGUGUACAAUCAGGACACAAUGGAUCAGGCACUGAAGAGAGUCAGUGAAAUGAGAGCAAACAUGGGCGGCACAGAGAUUUUACAGCCUCUGAAACACAUCUACAGUCAACCCUGUUACCCCGAACACCCCAGACAGUUGUUUGUCUUCACUGAUGGAGAGGUGGGGAACACUAAAGAGGUUCUGGAUCUUGUGAAAAAAAAAUCUCAUUCUCACAGGUGUUUCUCGUUCGGGAUUGGUGAGGGUGCGAGUAGCGCCCUCAUCACAGGAUUGGCCAGAGAGGGAUGUGGCCACGCCCAGUUCAUCACCGGCACUGACCGCAUGCAGCCCAAAGCGAUGCAGUCUCUCAGGUUUGCUCUGCAGCCUGUAGUGAACAAGAUCUCUGUGCAGUGGAAAGUUCCAGAUGGCAUCACUGUUGACACGCUGUCCCCACCCAUCAAUGUCAUCUUCCAGGGUCAAAGGUCACUCAUUUAUGCCCAGAUUAAAGGACAGAGUUCAGAAAGCUCUGAAGGAUCAGUGAUGAUACAAUACAACCUGAAAGAUCAACCAGUGACAAACCAGCUUCACUUCUGCCUUAAACCAGCUGAGGACACUGGGUUGAUGAUCCACCGUCUGGCGGCUCGGUCUCUGAUUGGUCGUCUGGAGCAGGAGGAGAGGGCAGGAGGUGCAGAGGUGGAGUCUGUCAGGAGCAGGAUGGUGAAGCUCAGUGUUGAAGCAGGAGUGAACAGUGUUCAUACAGCCUUCAUUGCCAUUAAUAAACACAACAGAGAGACUGUGAAAGGACCUCUCAUACAGAGAAGAAUACCAACACAAGGAUUAUAUUUGAGAGGUUCUCAGCUACCAGUAUUCGGGUAUGCCUGUGUAAGCAAGUGUCGUGAAAGGGCAAUCGUGUCAGAUGGUAUUGAUGAAGAACUGGACACACAAAUGUUAGAGUCUCUUCAGUGUGACUCUCGUUUGAAAUGCAGCCUGACGGAUUUACCACCGGUACAAACAAAAAGUAGCGGAGUAAAAAAGAGUAUAAAGGUCAAGAGUUUAUUUCGCCGUAAUUCUAAACAGAAGUCUAUGUCAUCUGUCCAGACAAACGUUCAUAGCAAGCAAGAAGCAGCACCUGAGCCUCAGAAGGACUCUUUUCUUCAGCUGGUGUCUCUUCAGAAGGCCUCGGGCUGCUGGGAGCUGAACUCUGCGCUGGCACAAGUGUUUGGAAAGACAGAAGAUGAGCUGACCAAUCAGAAACCAGCACAGGUGGACGGCUCAGUGUGGGCCACUCUUCUGGCUCUCAUCUGGUUAUACGGAUAUAAAAUGGAGCAUCAAGUUGAGUGGCAGUUUGUGGCCAUGAAGGCGGCAUCAUGGAUCCGCUCUCAGAACGUGGGCGGUCUGUCUCAGUGUGUGUGUGAUGGGAAUGUUCUGCUGGGAUGUCACGUGAAGGAAGAUACUCUGGGAAUUUGAAGAUUUUUAUUUCCACUAUGAAAAAAACGAAAUAUAGUUUUAUUUACUGUUACUGUCACUACUGUUGUUGUGAUUAGAAUCUGACCGUGGGUUGAUUUUUAUGUAUAGCGUAGGUCACAAUAAAGAACUUGAGGUACUUAUAUACUUGGGUUUACUAAAGCAUAUAUAUUUUUUUGCAUUAUUAAAGCAAAAGUACAAGCAAAUAAAUAAAAGCAACAUAACUAAAUAAAAGAAUAUGGACAAAUUGCA